AUGGACACGGACACGGAAACGGUCGCCGAGAAAUCGUUACGGAAAGAUGUUCCUCGAAGGGCCGCGACCGCCUGGCGACGGCUUGUGUCUUAUAUGUUUGAGCCCGAAGACGGAGAGUGUCUGGCAGCGUUGCGCAUAGCUUUCGGUCUACUGAUGAUGAUCGACACGAUGGAUGAAAGGGGUUUUUGCGAGGCCGAUAAACGAUGGAUGGAACCCGUGAAGUGCUAUUUUCCACUGUUUGAUUUUGUCAAACCACUGCCCGGCCGAUGGAUGUGUCUGGCGUACGCGGCAAUGUUUUCCGGCGUUCUCGGCAUGUUAAUGGGUUUCCACUAUCGCAUCAGCUGUGCCAUGUACGCUAUUCCUUACUGGUACAUAUUUUUGGCCGACAAAAGCGUGUGGAACAACCAUUCAUAUCUGUUCGGUCUGCUGAUCGCGAUUUUCUCCGUGAUAGACGCUCACCACAACUGGUCCAUAGACCGGUUGCUGCAAAAAAUUCCGUCGGACACCCCGUCUUCUGUUCCCCGUUGGAACUAUCUGCUGCUUAGAAUACAGUUUUUCAUCAUGUACUUCGUGGCUGGCUUAAAGAAAUUCGAACCCGAUUGGCUGUGGGGCUACUCGAUGAUGUCGUUGGGACACCAUUACGCAUUCACUCCAUUCAGGUACUUUUUCUCAGCCGAAUUCGUAGAUCAUUGGAUAGUGCACGUCGGAGGAUUUCUCAUCGACUUAUUAUCGGGAUUCGGACUGUGUUUCCGGUCCACUCGACCGUUCACUAUUAUAGUGCUGCUCGCUUUUCAUAGCAUGAACGCAACCAUGUUUACCAUAGGUAUGUUUCCAUACGUUUGCGCCGCAAUGAUACCAGUAUUUUGUGAACCGAAAACAAUGUCUAAGAUGUUGCGAACCGCUGUGGAAUCUGUUUGGAACGACAAGUCUGGACCAAAAUCAGUCGACUACAAACCACCGACGACGACUAAACAAAAUGUCAUUGUCGCAGGAGUGUGUGUGUACACAGCUCUACAGUUAUUUUUGCCGUACUCACAUAUAUUAACACAGGGUUACAACGGAUGGCGAAAUGGAUUAUAUGGAUAUUCUUGGGACAUGAUGGUAUACAAUGUCGAAGUGGCAAAGGUAGAAAUAAAGGUAUUGGACCACGUACGUCGUGAACAAUUCUUCUUGGAUCCACAAAGCUGGACGAACAACAACAAGUGGAUGUUGCACGGUGAUAUGUUGAAGCAGUUCGCAGGGUGCGUGGCUGCCAACAUGCCCGAUAGACGUGACAACAUGUCCAUCCAAAUGGACAUCUGGGGGUCACUCAACGGUCGAUUCCACCAGCGCUUGGUCGACCCAAAGGUGGACCUAUUGCACGCCCCUUGGUCGCCCUGGUCACCUGUACCCUGGCUAAUGCCUUUGAUCCGACACUUAGACCGAUGGCGGCCUUUGAUGAUAGACGCAAAACGCAACACGGAUGAUGACCUACUAUUUUUCGCCGAUUUUCCUGGUAUGACCGUGACGAACGACGCGGACGACCGGGAACAGACGACCACCACAUUGGCAGUGCUCGAAGGUGCCGUGGCCGUGCGAGAAUCGCAGAUCGGUGGCGGAGACGAUAACGGGACCGUGCGGCUGGUGUCCGGCGAAGCGAUGGACGUGACGGGCAGACACGUCGUGACCACCGUGAGUGCGACACCGUCGUGUUACGUAUUUGCGUCGACGGUGGAAAUCGGUGGAGGCGGUGGUGGAUGUGGUGCCAGUGGACACGGUGGCGACGACGGAGGAGUAUUGACUCGGCCCGCUGCAGUCGGCGGCAAUCGUGCCAAAAGCUGUUCAAAGGCUUGUUACGCGUUCGCGUUACAUGCGAUUAGAGACGCGUUUUCCGCUUUGUUUUUUCGUACGGCUGUCUGACCUGCAGUAGUCGUAACGUGACUUUUCGUGGUAUACGCAGCUAAUUAUCCUAUUAGACAUUUCGGUAGUUUGCGCGUUCGUUCAGCGUUAUUCUCGCUGGGCUGAAACCAACUAUCCAAAUAUUAUGAUGUUUUUGCACAUCUACCUAUUUACUCGAAUAAAAAAUAAUAAUGUAUACUAGAAUGCUUAUUUAAUAUAAUAUACCGAUAUCCGUUACAAAAUAAUAUGUUAAGUUGAAUAAAUAUCGCGUUUUUAUCAGCACACGGUAAUAACGUCUGUUUUAUACCUGCGAUUCAAA